AUGACGGUCGAACCCAUUCAGUUCACCAUCAGGCAUGCCCAAGCUACCGACGCCGCCGAGAUCGCAUCCCUGGGCGCAAGCGUAUUCUUCGAUUCGUUCGCCCAUUCCAUGCCCGCCGAGGACAUGGACAACUACCUCAAGAGCUCGUACACCGCCGAAAGAAUACAGAGCGAAAUCGAGGAUACACACACCUACCUCUUCUACGUCGCUCGCGACGAUACGACCAACGAGCUGCUCGGGUUUGCCCAGCUCAAUCGCUUCUCCGACGAGCCAUGCCUCCAGAUCAAGCCGCCACACACUAUCGAGCUGCAGCGCAUCUACACGGCCUCGAAGGCGCACGGCCGCGGCGUCGGCUCGAAGCUCAUGAGCCAAGCGCUUGACUACGCGAUCGCGCAAGGAUUCAAGGCGAUAUGGCUCGGCGUAUGGGAAGAGAACCUCAAAGCGCAAAAGUUCUACCUCGAGCGACACGCCUUCAACAAGGUCGGCGACCACGACUUCACCAUCGGAAGCUGCGUACAGCGAGACUUGAUCCUGGAGCGUCAUUUGUGA